AUGGAAGAGCUUCGCCUCGCAUGCCGUGAGGCCAUAUCACAACGGCAUCCAACUUCAACCACUUUUCCAGAAGUUCAGGUAGAGAAUAUCGCCCUUCCUGAGGGACUAGAUCAAUUAUGGGAAAAUGUAUCGUCGCAAAAGGAUGCCAGUAAUUUAGAUACAUGCGAAAGCCUACUUGUUGCAUACCAAUUUUUAAAAGUCCGGGGUGCGAAAGACCUGUCUAGUACUGAUAAAGAUGCAGCGAAUGGAAUCUACUCCUGGGCAAGUAGCGCUGCUCUUCCGUCUCCGGUGUAUGCCCAGGUGGGGGAAUUGUCCGAUGCAGAGAAGAAUGUUAUCUUGGAAGAGCAACUGAGGUCUAGAAUUGCUUUGGCUGUUCUCACCAAAAUAGCUGGAAAUUUACCAAUACAUGAAGCUGAGAAUGUGGCAGACGUUGUCAUUGUACUAGCCAGCUUCACUUCCAAAGGAGAUCCGUGGACCACAGAAGAAGCAUUUGCAAGUGCCACUACAUUACUAGAUACCUUUAUCUCAGCAACUGUUACCGACGCAGAAAAUAAUGCCCCCUUUUGGUCUGUCAUCGAAAGGAUACUCAAGGAGAGAAUCAGACCUCUAUUUGCCAAAACCAGGAAUCCAGCCAUCACAUCUUCUGGACGGAAGAACUUCCACCCUAUUCCUUUGCCCCGAUUCGACGCCAGCGUCUUGGAUCCGGAAACCAAGCCCUGGAAGAACCAAGGCGUCUACGCCACCACCGUACUCUCCUGGAUCAUCCAGGAAUACAAGGCACGUUCCCUUCUCCCCCACCAUAAACACACCGCUAACCAACAACAACUCCAGCCCACGGAUUCCACCCACCUAGAAACCCAUUUCUCCCUCUUAGUCCCACCCAUCCUAGCCCUAAUAGACGACGACACUACCACCUUCAAAACAAAAGGCUGCAACCUUCUCUCCUACCUCCUAACCCCCAUCACCACCAGCAAAUCCCCCAUCCUCCACCGCACAAACCUCUCCUCCGUCUUUGAAGACGCCAUAAAACAAUGCCUCCUCUCCCUCCCAACCAUCACCCCAGAAGACGACGCCAUAUCCCUCCUAGGAGAAGCCUACCCCGCCCUCUUCACCCUCCAAACAACCUCCUACCAUAACGCCCCCUCCCCCCAAGCAUCAAAACAACUCUACAUCUCCCGUCUCACCAAUACCCUCCGGGAAAACCUCAUCCCAUCAUUCCACCACAUCAGCUCAACGAACACCACAUCAUCAUCUAGCUUCGCUUCGUUCCCUUACCCGCGGCUUUCCUCGCUACUUCUUGACAACAUGAUCCCUAUCAUCCAGGGCCUGGGUAUCCAUUCCACGAAGUAUUUACAGGACCUUGUUCCUCUGCUUCAUGAUACUUUGUCCAAUCCGUUUGGACCUGCGCAUCCCCCGCUUCUUUUUUCUGCUGUUGCGGUUUUGAGGGUGGUGAUUUUAAACGCGCACCCGCGUGUGUGGCGGUGGCGUGGUGAGGUACUGGGUGCGGUAUGCUUGUGCUGGCUUCAUGCUGUUCAAGAGGAGAAGGAGAUUGCAGAUCGGGAGAAGAAGGCUGGGUCAUCUGCUGGGGCUGAGACAGGGGGUGCAGUUAUGGCGAAGCUCAAGAAGGAGCUGAGAGGCACUGUGUACCUGCUUAAAUUCGCUUUGGAGAAUUCUGUCCAAGCGGACGGUGGCGAGGGUCAAGUAGAGGCGAAGGAGAAUCUAGCGAAGGAAUUGCAAGAGUUAGUCAAUGCGGAUGAAAGCUUAGGCGGUCUUCUGUUGGAGGAUAUUGAUGUCGAUGAUGGAAGCUUUAUUGGUGAUGUAUGA